AUGGUAUUGAGAAGAAAUGAAGAUCUUGAUGAACCUUAUCCUAGACCAUUUUGCAUUGAAGAAGAGCAAAUCUUGUGGUCAUUUAGAGGCACACUUGUAAGAAUGCCAAGUAAUUUGAGAUCAAAAAUGCUUAAUGCUCGAAGAAAAGGUCUUGAUUGGGAACCAUAUGAAGCACUAAUGAACGAGAAAAAAGUAACUCCAGUAUCUCAAAAACCAGGAACAUGUGGCUUUAUAAGAAGAAAACAAAAAGGUCCUAAACAAGUGAUGAACGAAUAUCUUGAUUUAGUAAUAGACCAUGGAGGAAAACUAGUUAGACCUCCUUGUAGACCAUUUUGCAUUGAAGAAGAACAAGUUAUGUGGCUACUCAGAGAGAAACUCGAAAAGCUGCCGAGUGCAUUGAGAUCAGAUGUACUUGAUGCUCACAGAGAUGGCCGUUCUUGGAUAAAAUUCCUUCAGGACUAUAAAGCUAAGCGAAAAAAUCAAGAUGAGACAGAAUCGAGCAGUGAUCGUAGAACAACACCAUACGUGAGACCUACGACUGUUCGAACUACGACAACCAGGAAACCAACAACAGUUACAAGAAGGCCCGUAUACACAUCAACUACUCGCGCGACUACUACGACUACGAAGAGGCCGACAACAACUACAACGACAACUAAGAAGCCAACAACAACUACAACGACAACUAAGAAACCAACAACAACUUCUACAACGACAACAACAAUGGCACCAACAACUUCUACAACGACAACAACAAGGGCACCAACAACUUCUACAACGACAUCAACAAUAACGCCAACAACACUUUCUAAAACAAUAAUAACUAUGACUCCAAUAACAACCAUGGCUCCAAUGACACUUUCCACGAAGACAACAAUGGAACCAACGACACCUACUACUACAACAAAAACUAUGGCUCCAACAACAACUGUAGCUCCCACAAUACCUUCUCUAACAACAACAACGACGAUAGCUCCAACAACACUUUCUACUACAACAACUAUUGCUCCAACAAUACCGUUUACAACGACAACAAAAAUAGCAUCAACAACGGUCUUAACAGAACCAGAACCUUCACUACUUAUAAGAAAUCGGUUUGGAGAAGAUGAUACAUUUGAAGCAACAAAAACAUUGCCAAGUGCAACAUCACGAUCUGUUGAUGUACCAGACAAUACAACUAGCAUAACAGAAAUGACUGAUGUUGAUCAUGAAGCUAAUACUACAGUAGCAGCUACUUGGAUAAUGGAUAUGUUACCGACUACAUCAUUAAUUGCAAGCAUGACUGCACCUACAACACCUUCUACAACAACAACAACUAUGGCUCCUACAAUGCCUUCUACAACAACAACAACAACGAUGACACCUACACCACCUUUUACAACAACAACAACGAUGGCACCAACAACUUCUACAACGACAACAACAAGGGCACCAACAACUUCUACAACAACAACUAUGGCUCCUACAAUGCCUUCUACAACAACAACAACGAUAGCACCUACACCAACUUUAGCUACAACAACAACUAUGGCUCCUACAAUGCCUUCUACAACAACAACAACGUCACAACCUUCUACAACGACAACAACAAGGGCACCAACAACUUCUACAACAACAACAACUAUGGUUCCUACAAUGCCUUCUACAACAACAACAACGAUGGCACCUACAACACUUUCUACAACAACCACUACUAUGGCUCCAACAACACCUUCUACAACUACUACGGUAGCCAAAAAAGUAACUUCCUCUACAGUAGACCCGUGCUUUGAUCCAAGCGAGUUUUAUGACUUGGAGGGAAAUUCAAUAGACCUACCCAUGCCUAGUAAGAAAACGAAGAAACCCGGGUGUGGACUGUGA